AACACAUUUAAAAGACAAUGAAAUAUAAAAACAUAAUGUUUUGACUGUUUAUUAUUGUAUUGAUAUCUGUUAACUUCAGCACAAACUCACUACCCAUUGAGUUUGUGGUGGAGAAGCAGUUUCUCUCUGGCUUGGACACCGAUGACUUCAAGGUUAUUCGAGUAGUCCUCGAUCUGAAGACAACCGUACCUUCGAGUUCGUGGCCGGCGGUCGCAAAAAGCCUGUCCUCUGCUAUCAGUCUUCCUCUGAAUACGGCAACGAAGACACCGAUGACUUCAAGGGUCGUCUCAGGGCGUCCACUAUCACCGAGGGAACCGCUAUUAAUGAGAACGCAUUGCCCACUGUUUUCAAAUGGGAAGGCGGUGGCAAAGAGGUGUUUAUAACGGGAACGUUCAGCGAAUGGAAACCAAUUAAGAUGUGUCACUCUCACGGAGACUUCGUUGCCAUCAUUGAUGUGCCCGAAGGAACACAUAAUUACAAGUUUGUGGUCGACGGACAAGAAGUAGUGGACGACAACAUCACUGUCGACGAGGAGAAGAGGAAUAACGUAAUUAACAUUAAAAAGGGAGACUUCGAAGUGUUUGAAGCGCUGGCCAUGGAUUUGGCCUCAAAUACAAAUAACACAAAUAACAAUAAUAACUCUACUUCUGGUUCACCUCCGGGUUCUUAUACGCAGGACAUGCCAUCUUCGGUGAGACACAUUCAUGAGUUUGCAAACAAUAACAUUCAACCGUCACAUCAGAUAUCUAGCGCCGGACCGCCAAUACUUCCGCCGCACUUAUUGCAAGUGAUACUCAAUAAUCCAAACGUUAACUUCUAUGAGCCAACACUUCUGCCUCAACCCAAUCACGUUAUGCUUAACCAUUUGUACGCCCUUUCCAUUAAGGAUGGGGUAAUGGUAUUGAGUGCAACCCAUCGCUACCGCAAGAAAUAUGUGACAACUUUACUCUACAAACCGAUCUAAUUGUCAACUUCUAACUGCUUUAAACUCCCCUUUUCUUGUCAUUUGUUUGUCAACACAUUUCUCCCAACAUUUGUUACUAUUAUUUUUGUUUAAUUGUAUCAUUCAGUGGCCGUCGUCUUGAGUGUAUCGGCGGUUCCAUCGCUGCUAUCACUAUAUCUAUUGGUGACGUAUCCCUCCGUCUGUGCGAUAGUGAACCGAGUCUUUGCAAUAUUGCUGCGACAGUGAAGCCAAUAGACAAACACUAUUCCGGUGAAUGAAUAGACGGCAAUAUUACAAGCCUUCCCCACACGACCUGUCGGUGCAAUUCAACAAACAUUAGAGUUGGACUUAUUGUCACAUUUCAUUGCCGUUUAAUAUAAAAACAAUUUUCGCCAAACUAUUCAUAUAUUUAAGACUUAAAUAUAUAAAUAUUGUAAAUAUGGAUAUGUUUUUAUGUUAAUUACGAUUACUUUGAAAACUACUGAAUCAGCGAAUGAAACAAAUUAUGAAAUAUUAUGAUUUGACGGAAAAAAUCUACAAAAAAUUUAUUUUAUACAAACAAAGCAUAAAAUUAUUUUAUUUUUUAGAUAUAAAGAGAAAUAAUAUAUUAGUUUAGCAAUUAUUUGAUAAUUGUAUACAAGUAUUGACUGCUUCUAUAGUUUAUU